UAUUAUUAUUAAACUAUAAAUGCAGCAGACCUCUCUAUGUUUAGCGGCCACACCCUAGCAGACGCCGCAUUCAAUACCAACGCUUAAAUUGACAUUUUGCUUGGUAACGAUCACAUUUCGACGGUUCUUACUCGAGAUAAGUUGUGUAAUAUCCAGGGAAACACAAUUGCUAUUGAUUCAAUAUUUGGAUGGAUCAUCACAUCAGUGGGAGGAGUAUGUACUACAACCACGUCAUUCUUAGCUACCAUGGACAUCAACGCAUUGUUACAACGGUUUUGGGAACGGGAAGAACUUCCAUUGUUCACGUCUGCCAAUACAGAAGAUGAGUUAGUGGAGACUCAUUUCGUCCAAACACACUCCCGUAAUGCCGAAGAGAGAUACAUAGUCGAGCUAUCAUUCAAGCAAGGGAACCCAGAGUUUGCAAACACCUUUCAUGGAGCCAAGUGUCGCUUCUUGGCAGUUGAACGUCGUUUAAUGAAGGAUGCACCUUUACGAUCGCAGUAUGUGCAAUUCAUGAGGGAGUACAUGCAACUGGAUCACAUGAAGGAGGUGGAUGCAGAAGAAGACGCCACUUCGAAGAAGGUUUUCUACAUGCCGCACCAUCCGAUGCUAGCGGCAAAGCUGCGUGUGGUAUUUGAGGGCUCAUUUCAAUACCAAGAUGGUCGGUCUCUAAACGAUGCGCUUUAUAUUGGUCCAUGUAUACAACGCAAUCUGUUCAACGUAUGCAUGAGGUUUCGAAUGCACAAGUUUUCAGCGAAUAUUAUGGAGAGAACAUCCUUCAGCACUAUUGAAACACUUCAGACUCUGCACAGUUAUAUACGGGACUGCGUCUGCGCCAUUCCUCGCAGUCAAGUUAUUAGAACUUGCCAAGGACCACAAGCAUGAGUUUCCUAGAGCAGCUAAGAUAUUACUUGAGGAUUUCUACGGGGACGAUGUAUUAACAGGAGCCAUGACAGAGGAAGAAGUUAUUGACAUUCAAACUGAGCUGGUUGCACUCAUGUCACGUGCGCAAUUGGAAUUGG